AUGAAUCAUUAUCCAACCAGUGAUGCAUCUCAUAUAUCAGUCAAUCCAUAUUAUACCAACUCAAUAACAAUAACAAAAUGUAAACUAUUACCAACAAAAACAAUACCCAGGGGCCAAUUCCGUGGAUACAAUGAUAUUCGUAGAUUCCAAUGUUAUAGUGCCCAAUGCAAUUUAAACUUUAAUGAAUAUCAAUUAUGUAAAUAUUGUGCUCACGUUCCAUAUGUUCCACUGCCAUUGAGGUAUCAAGAUACUGGUAGAAAUUUUUCAUCCAAUAAUACCACGCCGUCAAAUAAUGUUAGUCAAUAUCGGUGUGUCAAGAUUGAUUAUAUCCCCACAACUCGAAGUAAUGCCAUGGCUAAACGAAAUACUAACAAUAAGUUAACUAUACCGAAUAGUGCUCCCACAUCCAGAGGACCAAAUACCGGUGGUGGUGGUGUUGGUGGUAAUGGUGGAGGAGGAGGAGACUUGAGUAGUAAAUUUAACGAUUUUUGGGAUCAUUUGGAGCUGGGGAAACUACAAAUCAAACAAAGAUUAAUGGACAUUAAAAACCAACGCAAACUAACGUUCAAGAAACGAUCAUGUUCAGCUCCCCCAAUGCUAAGUGGAAACACAAAGAAUAGUAACAACAGUGGUGGUAGCAUCAGCAGUCAUAGUAGUAACAAUGAGAAUAUAUAUUAUUCAUCUAGGUAA